UUAUGGAUGCUCGCGUUACGUUUGCAUGCGCAGCGACAAUCUCCCUUUCGUACUGAAGACGCCACCGAGAAGUUCGGUUUGGAAUCUAGCAACACAAUGGCACCAAUUAAGAAGUCGAAAAAGGCGAUGGAAAGCAUCAACUCGCGCCUGGCUUUGGUGAUGAAGUCUGGCAAAUACGUUCUUGGAUUCAAACAGUCUCUUCACGCCUUACGUCUAGGAAAAGCCAAGCUGAUUAUAAUUGCUAACAACACGCCCGCUCUCAG